UCUAGCUAGGGCAAACAUAAUUAAGUCUCUCUCUCUCUCUCUCUCUCUUUCUCGCACUCUAUCUUCUUCUUCUCCUCCUCCUCCUUGUCCUCCCCCUCCUCCUUCUCCUCCUCCUCUAAAAGAUUGAGGGCGGAAAGCAACCAAACAAAAGAGUUGACAUCUCCGUGCAUUCCAUGCAAAGCUGACUGCGAACAAUAUAGCGUCAUCUUAUUACCACUGAGGAACCGCGAUGGUGGAAACCACUAACUUGUUGGAGGCACUGAAUCAGCCAGUAGGCAUGGAUAGCUCGGACCCACCAUUUUACGAGACAUACAAGGCCCUGUUCGACAAGGCGGCCAUCGAAGAGUCACGACCAACCAAGAGGGAGCAGGUGAUGUUUGCCUCCUCCUUGGAGGAGUGCGAGCCUCCACUGAUCGACCUGAGCCAACUAGACGAGUCGAGAGAUUGCAAAUCGGAGAUAGCCCGGGCAUCCCGAGAGUGGGGCUUCUUCCAAGUCGUGAACCACGGGAUAUCAAGGGAAAUACUGGAGAGGAUGAGGAGGGAACAGGUCAAGGUGUUUAGGCAGCCGUUCGAGAAGAAAAUCAACGAGGUCAAGUUCUUGAACUUCUCGUCCGGAAGUUACCGGUGGGGCACCCCAGCAGCCACUUGCCUGAAGCAGCUGUCGUGGUCAGAAGCUUUUCAUGUGCCGUUGGCUGAUAUCUCAGGCUCCGACGGGUGCGGCAGUCUCAGCUCGACCAUGGAACAGUUUGCAGGGACUGUGUCCGAUCUCGCGAACAAGUUGGCCGAGAUCUUGGCGGAGGAUUUGGGCCACAAAUCGGACUACUUCAAGGAGAAUUGCCUGGCAAACACUUGCUAUCUCCGGAUGAACCGGUACCCACCGUGUCCCAUGUUCCCUAAUUCCAAUGUGUUCGGGCUGAUGCCCCACACUGACAGCGACUUCCUCACGAUCCUAUACCAAGACGAUGUCGGAGGGCUCCAGCUGGUCAGGGAUGGCCAGUGGUUUGCCGUUAAACCCAACCCGGACGCCCUCAUUGUCAACAUAGGUGACUUAUUCCAGGCAUGGAGCAAUGGUGUGUACAAGAGCGUGGAGCACAGGGUGGUGACAAACCCAAGAGUGGAGAGAUUCUCCUCAGCCUAUUUCUUGUGCCCUUUCCACGACACAGUGAUUAAGAGCUGUGGGCAGCCCCCUGUGUAUAGAAACUUCAGCUUUAGGGAAUACCGACAACAAGUACAAGAUGAUGUACAAAAACUAGGUCAGAAGGUUGGCCUUCCCAGAUUCCUCUUAUGACCAGGUUAAAUUAAUUAAUUCGGUUUAGUUUUCUUCGUACCUUCUGGAUGUACACGUAUCGAUCGAUAUGUUUAAUCCUAAGUGGCCAUUUUGCCCUCUCUUUUUUCCCUCUC